AUGGGCACCUUUACCACAAAAGCAGACUACCACUACCAGACUCUACGGUGUAAUGUUGACCUCUUAAAGAUGAUACAGCUCGGAAUCACCCUCUUCUCCGAGGACGGGGAAGUUCCUCCAGUUACGGCCACGCAUGCGAAUUCAGAAGGGUAUAAUGGCGUCCUGGUACCCGCACCGUGUACCUGGCAAUUUAACUUCAAGUUCUCUCUCGAAAACGACAUGUACGCUCAGGAAUCUACUAGCAUGCUGGCCAAGGCUGGUAUCGACUUUUCUCUCCACGAAAAGAACGGCAUCGACCCGCUAGACUUUGGAGCCUUGCUUAUGAGCUCUGGGCUCGUCCUGCUUGAUGACGUUCACUGGAUCUCUUUCCACUCCGGAUACGAUUUUGGCUAUCUCAUGAAGAUUAUGCUGUGCAAGCCCCUGCCGGAUGACGAGAAGGACUUUCACAAACUCCUCAACAUAUUCUUCCCUUCACUCUUUGAUAUAAAAUACCUCAUGAAACACGCCGGCCGGAAUCAAACCGCCAAUGGAUCUCCACUAACCCAUGCUGCAGCCCAGAUUAUAGCCAACCUUGGCCAGAAGUCCGGCCUUCAGGACAUCGCUGAUGAGCUAGGAGUCAAGCGAGUAGGUAUUGCCCACCAAGCCGGUUCGGACUCCCUCGUCACCGGUGAGAUUUUCUGGAAAAUCAGACAGCUUGUAUUCAACGGAAACAUCGAUGGAUCCAAAUAUUCCGGUCAGAUCUGGGGGCUCAAUGGCCAGAUUGCUGCCGUGCCUUUCUAUCCUGGUAAUCAGCCCCUCCAAACCCCCGGUCCUAAUGGAACUGUUAUGUACUCUGCCGCAGGAACACCUAGUACUCCGAACACAGGCCACGCAGCGUUGAACAGCCAUCAAACUCCCGGCCGUCAGACAGGUAGCAUAACCCCUGGAACCGGUGCAUAUGCGAAUUUCCACCCACGAUCCUAA